UACACAAUUUUUUUUUAUCAUUUUUUUUUUCUAUUUUUUAUUUUUCUAUGACCAUGCAAAUGUUGGGGCCGUUGGAUUCUCAAGUUAAAAUUAACGACCCAGAUUCGUCACAGUGGGAUAAAAAAGGACUCUAUUUAUUUUAUUUUAUUUUAUUAUUAUUAUUAUUUUCGUCUCAGAGGAGUGAGUAAAAAGUUCAUUGCUGGAAAAAGUUAGUCUCAUUUUGUUUUAUUGGUUGAGUUGAGCUGACUCAAAGAAUUGAACUUGGCUUUCUACUGUUGGUUGGGAGAUCUGAGGAGCUUCGCAAAUCCAUUGCCAAAACCCCAAAGGGAGAAAGAGAGACCUGAUCGAUCGGCUUCCAUUCUAUCCUACAAUGGAGUUUGAUGCAAGUUCAAGCUCUGUUUUGGACUCUUCUUCAUCCAGGUCCCUUCCAGGAGGCGAAUACGAAGUGUUUUUGAGUUUCAGAGGCCCCGACACUCGCUACAUCUUCACAGAUUAUCUAUACACCAAUCUCGAUAGUGUUGGAGUUCGCACCUUUCGAGACGAUACCGAGAUCCGCAAAGGAGAAAAGUUCGGCCCUGCGCUCCUCACAGCAAUCACAGAAUCCAGGAUCUCAAUUCCAAUAUUCUCCCAAGAGUAUGCUUCCAGUAAAUGGUGCCUUAUGGAGCUCGCCAAGAUGGUGGAGUGCAAUAGAGAUACUGGGCAAUUGAUUUUACCCAUCUUCUACAAAGUCACACCCGAUGAAGUCAAGCAUCAACCAGCUGGGAGCACUUACGAGGAGGCCUUCGUCCAACACACGAACAACUUUGGCGAAAGCAAAGUUGAAGAGUGGAAGGAGGCAUUGACAGAGGUUGGAGCACGAGAGGGUUGGGAAGUCAAGAAACAAGCUGAUAGGUAUGAGGGAGAACUUAUAAAGAUCAUUGUUCAAACAGUGUUGUUAGAGUUGAAGAAGAAUUACAUGUUUUUAACUGACAAGUUGAUUGGAAUCGAUCAUCAUGAAAAUGAAAUGAUGAAAUUAUUAAAUGUUGGCUCCAAUGAUGUAAGAAUUGUUGGUAUCUGUGGUCUGGGUGGUAUUGGCAAGACAACUAUUGCCAAGUUCAUCUACAACAAACUCUUGCAGAAAUUUACAUGUCGUAGCUUUCUUCAAAAUGUUCGUGAAUCGGAACAACGCGAUGGACUUGUUAGUUUGCAGAAACAGCUUCUUGCUGAAACUUUAAAUUGGCAUCCUUAUAUUUCUAACGUUGAUAGCGGAAUCAACAUUAUUAGAGACAGAUUUAUCAGAAAGAAAGUUCUCCUUGUUCUUGAUGAUGUUACUCAAAGGUCCCAAUUUGAUGGUCUUGUUGGAAAGCGGAGUUGGUUUGGUCCAGGAAGUACAAUCAUAGUUACUGCUAGAUACAAACAUGUUUUAGAAGCUCUUGAAAUUAAAGAUACUUAUGAACCCCCAUUCAUGGACUCCGAGCAAUCUCUUCAACUUUUCAGCAUGCAUGCCUUUAGGAGAACGUUUCCACCCGAAGAAUACAUUAGUAUCUCUAGACAAAUUGUAUCCACUGCUGCAGGUCUUCCUCUCACUCUUGAAGUUAUAGGUUCAUUUCUAUCUCUAUUUGGCAAGACGGAAACAUCUUGGAAAGAUACAUUGGAGAAGUUGAAGAAAGUACCACCCAAGGAAGUCUUGAACACCUUGAUGAUAAGUUAUCAAGCAUUAGGCCAUGAGCAAAAACAAAUAUUUCUUGAUAUUGCAUGCCUUUUUGUCGGGAUGGAUAAAACAUAUCUAUUUUACAUGUGGGAUGCUUGUGGCUACCAUCCAGAGAUAGAAAUUAACGUCCUUUGUCUCAUGUCUCUUGUAAAAAUGGAAGAUGAUAAUGUGUUAUGGAUGCAUGAUCAAUUAAGAGAUCUCGGUAGAGAUAUUGUCCGUCAAGAAAAUUUUGAUAAUCCGGAAAAGCGUAGUAGAGUAUGGGAUCACGAGGAGGCCUUGCAAAUAUUGAAGCAACGGAGGGGUAGGGAAGUGGUUGAAGCUUUGAAUCUUGACUUUGAAUCAGGGUCUCAACCUUGCUUUACAAAUGAGGAAUUUGUGGGGCUAGAAAAACUAAGGUAUCUCCGACUGGAUGGCGUAAAACUUGUUGGGGAUUUUAAAAAUCAUUUUUCAAGGUUAAGAUGGCUUAAUUGGCGUGGUUGCCCUCCGCAUUUCGAACCAACUAAUUUUCAUUUAGAGAAUCUCGUCGUUCUUGAUCUAUCACAGAGUGACAUAACAGAAGACUGGAUGGGUUGGAGACAGAUGAAGAUGGCAAAUAAGUUGAAGGUUUUAGUACUCGCAAGUUGUGCAUUGAGGAGAACUCCCGACUUGUCAACAUAUAAAUCUUUGGAGAGAUUGAUUCUUCGAGGCUGUGUAAGUUUGAUCGAAAUUGACCGUUCUAUUGGUGAUCUGAGGAAUUUGAAAGUACUGAACAUUUCAGGGACUCAUAUAAGGAACUUACCUGAUGAAAUAUGGGGGCUGGAGAAUCUGGAAGUGAUUGAUGCUACAGAUUGUUAUUAUUUGAAGAGGGAUAUUCUGAAUUCUCUUUGCAGCAGGGGACGUUCAUCUUUGAGAUUUUUAAGCUCUUCUAGGAGCUCUCUCAUCCCUUCAAACCCAAUCGCUUAACAUAAGAGACUGCAUGUAUUUUUGUGAUAAGUGUCCUCUUUCAAGUUAUGAAUUAGUCAUUUUGAGAAGAAGAAAUAUUUUCGAAUGUGUUAAACUUCGUUUGGUUUUGAUCUGGUUCAAAUUUAA